AACGCUCCAAAGAUGAAGCCCGUUAUAGUUAUUCUAUGUCUCUUCGUGGCAUCUCUGUAUGCUGCAGAUUCCGACGUCCCUAACGACAUUCUGGAGGAGCAGCUUUACAAUAGCAUCGUCGUUGGCGAUUACGACAAUGCGGUUGAAAAGAGCAAGCAUUUAUACGAGGAGAAGCAGUGCGAAGUCAUCUCAAAUGUAGUGAACAAAUUGAUACGAAACAACAAGAUGAACUGCAUGGAGUACGCCUAUCAACUUUGGCUCCAGGGCUCCAAGGAAAUCGUCCGGGAUUGUUUCCCAGUUGAGUUCAGACUUAUCUUCGCCGAAAACGCGAUUAAGCUUAUGUACAAGCGCGACGGUCUCGCUUUGACGCUGAGCAAUGAUUUUCACGGCGACGAUGGCAGACUUGCCUUCGGCGACGGCAAGGACAAAACAAGCCCGAAAGUCAGCUGGAAGUUCAUUGCUCUGUGGGAGAACAACAAGGUCUACUUCAAAAUCUUGAACACUGAGCGUAACCAAUAUUUGGUAUUGGGAGUCGGUACUAACCCGAACGGCGACCACAUGGCCUUCGGAGUCAACAGCGUCGAUAGUUUCAGAGCCCAGUGGUACCUGCAGCCCGCUAAUUACGACAAUGACGUCUUGUUCUACAUCUACAACCGUGAAUACAGCAAGGCUUUGACACUGUCGAGGACGGUUGAGCCCUCGGGUAACCGCAUAGCCUGGGGAUACAAUGGUAGAGUGAUCGGAAGUCCCGAACAUUACGCUUGGGGUGUUAAGGCAUUUUAAGUUAUAUUUUAAAUAUUCACGAAACCCAACCAGAAUGAGUAGCAAUGAAAUAUUAUUUGGAGAAUAAAAUACAGAUUUUUGGUAUUCU